GGAUUGCCGGCGGCCGACCUGGGCUUAAGCGGCCUCCCCCACCCCGGAGUGAGAGCCCAGACCUGGCGGCGUUGUCACCCUUCCGCGCUCUCCGCGGCAGGACGUUAAGAGCCGGUCCUACGCUCCCAAGAGUUAGGUGCCUUCCCCUGAGUCUAGCAGACGAGUGGGCGAACAUGAAGUCCAGUCCUGGCAUCCAAGCCGCCAUCGACCUCACAGCAGGGGCCGCAGGGGGCACCGCGUGUGUACUGACCGGGCAGCCCUUCGACACAAUGAAAGUGAAGAUGCAGACGUUUCCCGGCCUGUACAAGGGCCUCACCGACUGUUUCCUGAAGACGUAUACCCAGGUGGGUUUCCGGGGCUUCUACAAGGGGACCGGCCCAGCGCUGAUGGCCUACGUCGCUGAGAACUCUGUCCUCUUUAUGUGCUACGGCUUCUGCCAACAGUUCGUUAGGAAAGUGGUCGGAUUGGACGAGCGGGCAAAGCUGAGUGAUCUGCAGACUGCAGUCGCUGGGUCCUUUGCCUCUGCGUUUGCUGCGCUGGCCCUCUGCCCCACUGAGCUUGUGAAGUGCCGGCUACAGACCAUGUACGAAAUGGAGAGGUCAGGGAAGAUAGCGAAAAGCCACGAUACAAUUUGGUCUGUCGUGAAGAGUAUCCUUAGAAAAGAUGGUCCCUUAGGCUUCUACCACGGACUCUCAAGUACUCUACUUCAGGAAGUACCGGGCUAUUUCUUCUUCUUUGGUGGCUAUGAACUGAGCCGAUCAUUUUUUGCGUCAGGGAGAUCGAAAGAUGAACUAGGUCCUGUUCAUUUGAUGUUAAGUGGUGGAGUCGCUGGAAUUUGCCUCUGGCUUGUCGUGUUCCCAGUGGAUUGUAUUAAAUCUAGAAUUCAGGUUCUUUCCAUGUAUGGAAAACAGGCAGGAUUUACAGGAACCCUUUUAAGUGUUGUGAGAAACGAAGGAAUAGCAGCCUUAUAUUCUGGACUGACUGCUACUAUGAUUCGAGCAAUCCCUGCCAAUGGGUCAUUAUUUUUGGUCUAUGAGUACAGCAGGAAGAUGAUGAUGAGCCAGUUGGAAGCAUAUUGAAGUGUUCUGGGGAACCCAGAUCCAAGGACUAGUUUGAGGACUACAGUUCAUCUCGGAAUUCACAGGGUACACCACCAACAUGGAAUUAUUUUUGACUUCAUGAGAAUUUUGGUUUUGUCUUCCCUUCUUCUACUCUAAAUCUUAAACUUUAUGGAGAGACCUCUAUUUUAUAUCAUAUAAUAUCUGCCCAUACUUACAUUGAAAUAGAAAAGUCGUUGUUCUUGCUGUUGGAAGGACAUACAGGGUGAGCUGGUUGGCCCUAUGUACAUAAUCUGAAAGGAUAAAUAUAGUUCUAUCUGGGCCUUUGCAUAACCUGUAUGUGU